CAGCUGGUGUCGUGGCGGUCGCUGGCGGCCACCUUCGUGCUGUGCGGGGGGCUGCUGGCCGCCAUGAAGAAGGUGAAGCGGCGGAAGGAGGAGGAGCUGGAGAAGGAACGAAACCGAGGCAUUGGGAAACCGCUGCUAGGAGGGCCCUUCUCACUCGUCAACCACGAGGGACAGCCCAAGACCAGCAAGGAUUACGUUGGCCAGUGGGUGCUGAUCUACUUCGGCUUCACACACUGCCCUGACAUCUGUCCUGAUGAACUGGAGAAAAUGAUUGAAGUGGUAGAUGAAAUUGAUAGAAUUCCAUCUUUACCUAAUCUGACCCCACUCUUCAUCACCAUUGAUCCUGAGCGGGACAACGAAGAAGCCAUUGCCAGAUACGUUAAAGAAUUUUCUCCAAAGCUGAUUGGAUUGACUGGUACCAAGGCGCAGAUUGACCAAGUGGCCAAAGCUUACCGUGUGUAUUACAGCGAAGGUCCCAAAGAUGAAGACAAUGAUUACAUAGUGGAUCAUACAAUAAUAAUGUACCUCCUUGGGCCAGAUGGUGACUUCGUGGACUAUUAUGGCCAGAAUAAGAGGAGCACUGAGAUUUCUGCUUCUAUUGCUGCACACAUGAGAAAAUACAGAUCUUAAAACACGAGGUCUUCAAAGAUUCAUGUGAACAUCACCUGUAGGUUUGGCUGUAAUUGGGCAUUGGAGUUAAAGCAGAAGCAUACAAGUAUAGCAUCUUGUCACCACAUGCCUCCUUUCUUCCAAAUAAGAAAGGCAACCAUACUUCUGCAAAAUACCGUUAUCAAAAAUCUCUACAGAGCCUUCCCUAUGGAUAUUGUUUGCAGUGAGAUCUAGGCUACAGAAUGAAAUUUGGGACUUCUCUGAGACACUGUUGGGAGCAAAAAAUGGAAAACACUUUUCAUUUGGGAAGAACGUGUGUAACACUGGUAAAAUUAAUCGGUAUCUCUUGGCAAGACAUCAGCGAAGGACGGUCACUGCAGGAGGAUGAUUGCUUGACGAAAAGCCAUGUGGGCCAUGGCGUUCUCAGAGGACCCCUGCCCUCUUUUUUUUUUUU